AUGGUCGGAGUCGGCUCGGGAGAGAAAUUGUUAACCCCGAUCGGCCCUAUAAGGAGGAACCCGCCGACUCCGACCGACACUGAGAGUGAAAACUUCUUGCAGAUCCCGACCAACACUGGGGGUGGGAAGUUGUGGACUCCGAUCGACACUGGGGGUGGGACGACGUCGUCCCCGACCGACUCUGGGGGUGGGAGCUCGACGACCCCGACCGACUCUGGGGGUGGGAAUAUGACCGACUCUGGGGGCGGGAACUUGACGAACGUGACCGACUCUGGGGGCGGGAACUUGACGAACGUGACCGACUCUGGGGGCGGGAACUUGACGAACGUGACCGACUCUGGGGGUGGGAACUUGACGAACGUGACCGACUCUGGGGGUGGGAACUUGACGAACGUGACCGACUCUGGGGGCGGGAACUUGACGAACGUGACCGACACUAGGGGUGGGAACUUGACGAACACGCCGGGGCGGAAGCUAAUCGAAUGGUGGAACAGGAAUAAGCUCAGGCAUCUUAUUAAUGAGCUGUGGAAGGGCAGGAAGCAGACAGACUGUGAGGCAAGUCUUGCUCUGUGCAAGUGUAAAUAUGCAUUGAACAGGUGUGAGGGCAAGUGGAAGAGAUUAAAGGAACUCGGAGACAAGAAGUGUGAGUAUCUCUUGCAGAAAUGUGAGCGCUGUAAAGGCAAGCACGUAAAGAGCGAGGGCGUAAAGAGCGAGGGCGGAAAGACCGAAAAGAGCGAGGGCGUAAAGACCGAGGGCGGAAAGACCGAGGGCGGAAAGACCGAAAAGAGCGAGGGCAGAAAGACCGAGGGCGGAAAGACCAAGGGCGGAAAGACCGAAAAGAGCGAGGGCGGAAAGAGCGAGGGCGGAAAGAGCGAGGGCGGAAAGAGCGAGGGCGGAAAGAAAGAAAAGAGCGAGGGCGUAAAGAGCGAGGGCGGAAAGACCGAAAAGAGCGAGGGCGGAAAGAGCGAGGGCGGAAAGAGCGAGGGCGAGAAAGACCGAAAAGAGCGAGGGCGUAAAGACGAGGGCGGAAAGAGCGAGGGCGGAAAGACCGAAAAGAGCGAGGGCGGAAAGCACGAGGGCGGAAAGACCGAAAAGAGCGAGGGCGGAAAGACCGAAAAGAGCGAGGGCGGAAAGACCGAAAAGAGCGAGGGCGUAAAGAGCGAGGGCGGAAAGAGCGAGGGCGGAAAGACCGAAAAGAGCGAGGGCGUAAAGCACGAGGGCGGAAAGACCGAAAAGAGCGAGGGCGGAAAGACCGAAAAGAGCGAGGGCGGAAAGACCGAAAAGAGCGAGGGCGGAAAGACCGAAAAGCGAGGGCGGAAAGAGCGAGGGCGGAAAGAGCCGGAAAGAGGCGGAAAGACCGAAAAACGCGAGGGCGGAAAGAGCGAGGGCGGAAAGACCGAAAAGAGCGAGGGCGGAAAGACCGAAAAGAGCGAGGGCGGAAAGAGCGAGGGCGGAAAGACCGAAAAGAGCGAGGGCGGAAAGACCGAAAAGAGCGAGGGCGGAAAGACCGAAAAGAGCGAGGGCGGAAAGACCGAAAAGCGCGAGGGCGUAAAGAGCGAGGGCGGAAAGACCGAAAAGCGCGAGGGCGUAAAGAGCGAGGGCGGAAAGACCGAAAAGAGCGAGGGCGGAAAGAGCGAGGGCGAAAAGACCGAAAAGAGCGAGGGCGAAAAGAGCGAGGGCGGAAAGACCGAAAAGAGUGAGGGCGUAAAGAGCGAGGGCGAAAAGAGCGAAAAGAGCGAGGGCGAAAAGAGCCAAAAGAGCGAGGAGGUAAAGAGCGAGUUCGUAAAGAGCGAGUUCAUAAAGAGCGAGGAGGUAGAGAGCGAGGAGGUAGAGAGCGAGGAGGUAGAGAGCGAAGAGGUAGAGAGCGAGGAGGUAGAGAGCGAGGAGGUAGAGAGCGAGGAGGUAGAGAGCGAUGCCGUAGAGAGCGAGGAGGUAAAGAGCGAUGCCGUAGAGAGCAAGGAGGUAGAGAGCGAUGCCGUAGAGAGCGAGGAGGUAAAGAGCGAUGCCGUAAAGGGCAAAGGCGUAAAGAGGAAGAGCGUCAAGCGCGAGCCAGAGCCUCCGGCAGCGGCUGGGUGGAGGACCCCCAAGACCAGACCAGCCACGACGGGUCACCAUUGA